CGCCAGGAGACAAAAAUUGCAGCGACAGAGCAGCACAAACACAACACCCAACACUGCUCCCUACUGCUCCCUACUGCUCAUUCGAUCAUGUUCUCUACUCUCCUUUCCCUCUCCGUUGCAGCAUUCACCGCAGUCUCAGCACUCAGUGUCACCUCCCCUUCCCUCGGACAGUCCAUCCCCCAGACAGCAGAUCUCGCCGUCACCUGGGCAACCGUCUCUUCCGACCAGCAGUCAUUCAACAUCCAGCUCGCACUCUCUACCGACUCAGGCAAUGCACGCACACUCACAACUAAUGUCUCUCCUAGCACCAAUGGAUUCACCACGCCAGCAAGCGCAUUCUCCCCAGGAAACUACACCGUCAACCUCGUAGGCAACUCCCAGACUUCCUCGGGUGUCCUUGCACAGAGUGGCUGGUUCUUGAUUACUGCUGCUCAGGUGCAGUCUUCUUCCUCUGCUGGAGCUUCUGCUGGAGGUGCCGCCGCUGCUUCGAGUGCUACCGCAGGAUCUGGCGCGUCUGCCUCUGCUGGUGCAGGUGCAGGUGCAGGUGCAUCAGCUGCCUCGGGUGCUUCAGGAGCAACGUCUGCUGCUGCUUCAGCUGCUUCAGGUGCUGCUGCUUCUGGUAGCGCCGUCUCUCUCGGAUCAGGCACCGUCUCUGGCUCGACUCUCGGCGCAUCAGCUGCUUCCUCUGCUGCUUCGCGUGCAUCUACUGCUGCUGGUUCUGCUACCUCGCGUGCUGCUGGUGCUGCCAUCACUGCUGCUGUCGGUACACUCGGUGGCCUUGUUGCCGGUGCCGUGGCUCUCGUCCUUUAGACGCAUCAACAUGUUCAUUCACUUUAUUAGACGUCCACCAUACUCACUCUCUUUUGCUUUGUGGUCAAUCAUCAUACUCUAUCAUCCUGCUACUGAGCUACUCCGGUGACCGUGUCUGCCAGAUCCUCACCGUCCCAUCAUCGCUGCCACUCGCCCACUCAGCCUGUGCACCGGGUCGCCAGCAAACGCUCCCAGCACACUGUGUAUGUUCCUCGAGUUGCUCCAACAACGUACCAGACUCACGAUGCCAGACAUAGAUCCUCCCAUCUUCACUGCCACUCAGCACAAAUUGCUCAUCCUCACCGCCAUA